UGUUGCUGUCACUGAGUGGCAGUUCUCACUUGUGGCACCAAUCCAGCACUGUGACACAGGGCAGCAGGCAGCCAGCACCGAACCCAGACCCCAGGCAUUGUCCCCAUAGUGGGGCCCAUCUGGCGGAUCCCACAAGGGUUGGGAUUGCUCAGGCGCAGCCCAACACUGCAGCAAGGAGCCAGCUAGUGGUGAAAACCAUCUUAGCAGAUAAUCAAAUCCCAACGUGCUCAGAGAUACAGACACAGGCACCAGGGAGGAGCUAGCAAAGCUCCAGCCUGGCCCUAGUAGCCACCAGGACUGCAAACAGGGGCUGGUUCCAUCCGCUCAUCCCCAGCUUCAUUCAGCAUCUCUGGCUCUGGCUCUAGGAGGGUUCACGCAGCUGACCCCCAUCCCACCUGACCUUGUGCAUGCACCCACGUUUGCUCCUGUUUGCACAGGGCCUAAAGGAGGUGGGGACCCGGUGUGGUGUCCCUGAGCAGCAGUUGGACGUCCCUGAGCUGAGCAUGCCUGAGCCGACGUCGCACAGCACGGAAAAGAAGCGAGAGAAAAGUGCAGAGAAGGUGGGAGCAAAGGGCAGCGCCACGGUGCCUGCAGUCCCCAAGAGCCUUCCUGUGAAAGCAAAAGUGGAGCCCCACAGCCUGGACCCCACGGAGGAGCCACUCAUCUGGGAAGGGCUCACCCUCAACAAGUGCAUCCUGGUGGCCUCCAUCGUCGCCCUGCUCAGCGUCAGCUUCCAGGUGCUCCAAGCUCCACCAUGCCCCAGGGACGGUGUCAGCAGUGGCAAGCAAGAGCCCCCAGCAGCUCCCAUCCAUGAGGUCAUUAUCCCCAAGGAGGAGGUCCCAGAGGUGGUGGCUCCACAGCCCGUCCCGCCUGAGAGCAGCAUACCGGAGGAUGACGAUGGUGACGAUGACGGUGACGAUGAUGACGAAGCAGACAGCAACCUGGCCGAGCCCUGGAUCUUCAAGAAGUGGUUUGGCCGCUCGGAGCCAGGACAUGAGGAAGAGCCUGGAGAAGAGGAGGAAGAGCCCACAGAGAAACCUCAGGAGCCAACAGCCAAAGUGGAGCUGAGGAAGGUCCAGGAGAAACCACGGGGCCCAGAGAAGAAAGAGGAGAAGACCCGAGGUCCGGAGAAGGAGGAGAAAACCCGAGGCCCAGAGAAGGAGGAGAGAAAGGAGGAGAAGGAGGAAGAGAAGAAGGAGGAGAAGGAAGAGAAGAAAGAAAAGAAGGAGGAGAAGAAGGAAGAAAAGAAAGAAGAGAAGAAGGAAAAGAAGGAGGAGGAGAAGGAGGAGGAGGAGAAGGAGGAAGAGGAGAAGGAAGAGAAGAAGGAGGAGAGACCGCGUGGCCCAAAGAAGGAGGAGAGACCCAAGGAGGGCCGCGCAGCCCCAGCUGAGAGGAGCAGCCGUCGGGAGCCGCGUCCCAAGGACAGGAGUCCUGAGGAGAAGCCCCCCAGAGCCCCCCGGGCGCACAGAGAGCCCGAGCAGCAGCAACACAAGAGGAGACGCCGUGAGGGGAAGGAGAGCCGGCGGGAGAAGGAUGAGCAGCGCAGGGAUGGAAGCAAGGGCAGAGCGGGCAGAGCCGAGCGGCAGGAGAGCAGCCGGAGGAACUGGGGGCUGCCACGGGGCGAGCAGCGGGGCAGGAGGGCCGGGGAGCCAUCGGGGAGGGACAGGGCGCGAGAGGGCCGGCGGCGUGACUGA